CCUGCUCUCUCAUUUUGGUCCCUGGAUUGGCUGUAAGAGUCAUCUACGCAUUGGGCCUGCGCGGUGUAAGAUGAGCGAAGAAGGGGAGGGGUCGGAGGGCAAGAUGGCUGCUACUGCGGCCGGUGUGGGACGGCUAGAGGAAGAAGCAUUGCGGCGAAAGGAACGGCUGAAGGCCCUACGGGAGAAAACAGGGCGCAAGGACAAGGAAGAUGGGGAGCCAAAGACCAAGCAGCUAAGAGAAGGGGAGGAGGAGGGCGAGAAGCACAGGGAACUCAGGCUGCGGAACUACAUCCCCGAGGAUGAGGACCUGAAGAGGAGGAGGGUGCCCCAGGCCAAACCAGUUGCCGUGGAAGAGAAGGUGAAGGAGCAACUGGAGGCCGCCAAGCCAGAGCCUGUCAUCGAGGAAGUUGACCUGGCCAACCUCGCACCCCGGAAGCCUGAUUGGGACCUCAAGAGAGACGUAGCCAAGAAGCUGGAGAAACUGGAAAAGCGGACCCAGAGGGCCAUUGCCGAGCUGAUCCGUGAGAGACUGAGAGGCCAAGAGGACAGCCUGGCCUCUGCAGUGGACGCCAGCACCGAACAGGAGGCCUGCGACUCUGACUGAGGCAUGACUGUCCCCUCACCUGCCCUCAGGCCUGCCCUGGAGGAGGAUGGUGUCAGACAGGGCGGGGCUGAGCUUGCCGUCACUUCCUGUUUGCCUCGCUGCCCCAUCAGUCUCAGCCCCGCCAUGGGUGAGGUCAGCUCCUUCUCCCGAGUGGUCCCCACCACCCUGAGUGGGGCAGAGCCAGCAGCAGUUCUGUGGGCUUGCUGGGCCUGCACACGUGUGUGUGUGUAUGUAUGUAUGUAUGUAUAUAUUGUGACUUUUCUAAUUUCUGGAAAUAGAAACACUCCUGUGUGUGGCAGAAAUCUAUCAACUAUAUCCUGGGUCCUUGGGGUGCUGUAGGUUUGGGUCCCAAGAUGGGGUGUCUGAAGAGGUGGCGCUUAGCAGGCGCAAGCGCUGUAUGAGCUGACCUGCGGGGCUCAGUCUUCGGUCAGGGUGGUCACCUUGGAACCCUGAGUGACAGGGCUGAGAGUGCUCUUAGGUCUGCCCACAGGACCAGGGUUCUUGGACAGCCUGGAGAGGCUCCCCCCCGGGUCUGUGGGCCUCGCCGUGCAGGGAGGAGGAAGAGACUGGGCCCAUGAAGGCAGUGAGCUGCGCCCCGCCAGCCUCAGCCCUGAGCGGCUGCACGUCCAGGCCCAGGCCCUGCUCUUCCUCACUCUGCCUGCUCGAGGCAGGCCCUGCUCCCCGUCCACCUGUCGGGCCGGGCCAUGGCUUCCCUGGAAAGGGCCCCUGUGUGGCGGAGGGAGGCUCUUUCUGCUCGAGACUGUGGUGCAGGCUGGGUUUCAGGUACGGUCUUGGACCCUGGGCUCCCAAGGCCCUGAGCCGCCUCUGUGGAGUUGAUUCCCCAGCGUGACUGGCCACAUUCUGACUCCAGGUACCCGUGGCCAACUAGAAAUUCAUCUCUAGAAUAACAUUCUUGAAUUUCCUCCAGGUUUCCCUUGAGCCUCCUGCCCCUGCCCCUGCCCUGCGUCAUCCUAGUGCGUUCUUCCCCCUGUGCUGAGAGUCCAGGAGCUCUGGGACCUGGCUUGGCGGGUGGUGCUAGGACUGGGGCCAUCGAGGUGGAAUGAGUGUGCACAGAGACCAGCCCCGUGCGGCACGCUAGAUGCUUCAUGUCACCACCAGGCUGCCACUCUUACGACGGCAGUUCUUAUGAAGAAAAGGGUCAGAAACUUGAGCUGCGAGUGAGGGCUGAGGGGGUGGAUGUGGCUGUUGCACGAGCCGUGGGACAAGCCUGGGACCCUGACUCCCACAGGGACAGGGACCAGCAUGCCUACAGGUGUCAGGACUGGAGCCAGGCUCCCUCUGCGCAGCGGGGGUCUGGGACCAGCCUUUCUGCCCUAGGAAUAGGGAUGAAAAGAUGCCCGCACCUCCUGGAGGUGCAGCUGUGAGCAGCACGCCUGUGUGUCCGUGGCAGUGUAGAGCUCAGACCUGGUGACGGCGACUAGGCCCUGCUCCACACCGGCACCGGGACUAGAACAAGGCCAGCCCCACAGUGCGGGCCCAGAGAGCUGAUGGAAGGUUUGCUUCUACGUGUGCAACCCCGUGUGCCCCAAAGAAAACUGCCCGGUCAGUGUUGCUCAGUGGUUAGAGCAUCAGCCUACAGA